UUGAAUAAGGAUACGUUUUCCGUCGAGGCAAGACCAUGUGCUCACUCACAUGCGGUCUUCUCUUCUUCCCCUUUUUUUUUUAAUUUUUAUUUUCCUCUCCAUUGAUUAACUCAGAACUUCACAACCCCAACAGACAAACAAAAAUCAACAAGUAGAAAAGAGCAGGAGACCGGAAGAUUCGUACGGUCACAUCUCUCUCUAAACUUAGUUCAAGAGAGAGAGAGAGGGAAAGCAUAAGGAAAGGACACAACAAUGAAGGAAGGAAACGACGGGUUUGUCCGAGCAGAUCAGAUUGAUCUAAAGAGCUUAGAUGAGCAACUAGAGAGGCAUUUAAGCAGAGCUUUGACUUUAGAGAAGAACAAGAAGAGAGACGAAGAAGAAUCCGCCGCCGCCAUCGGAGCCUCCGCCUCCUCCUCUCCCGUCGCUGCUCUCAACGGCGGUUUCGUUGGGCAGAGGAAACAGAGGCUUGAGUGGGAGAUCGAUCCUUCUAAGCUUAUCAUCAAGACCGUUCUUGCACGUGGCACAUUCGGUACCGUUCAUCGUGGUAUCUACGACGGUCAAGAUGUCGCCGUGAAGCUGCUUGAUUGGGGUGAAGAAGGGCAUAGAUCAGAAGCUGAGAUUGUGUCUUUGAGGGCAGAUUUUGCUCAGGAAGUUGCCGUUUGGCAUAAACUGGACCAUCCUAAUGUUACCAAGUUCAUAGGAGCUACAAUGGGUGCAUCAGGGUUACAGCUACAAACAGAGAGUGGUCCUCUAGCAAUGCCGAACAAUAUAUGUUGUGUUGUUGUUGAAUAUCUUCAAGGUGGUGCUUUGAAAUCUUUCUUGAUCAAGAACAGAAGAAGAAAGUUAGCAUUUAAAGUUGUUGUUCAGCUCGCUCUUGACCUCGCUAGGGGGUUGAGUUACCUUCAUUCACAGAAGAUUGUUCACCGUGACGUAAAGACAGAGAACAUGUUGUUAGACAAAACCCGGACUGUCAAAAUCGCUGAUUUUGGAGUUGCUAGAGUUGAAGCAUCUAACCCUAAUGACAUGACAGGAGAGACUGGCACACUUGGCUACAUGGCUCCUGAGGUUCUCAAUGGAAACCCUUAUAAUCGAAAAUGCGAUGUGUAUAGUUUUGGUAUCUGCUUAUGGGAGAUAUAUUGCUGUGACAUGCCAUACCCUGAUCUUACUUUCUCUGAAGUCACUUCAGCCGUCGUCCGCCAGAACCUGAGACCAGAUAUACCGAGGUGUUGCCCGAGCGCGCUUGCAGCUGUGAUGAAGCGAUGCUGGGAUGCAAAUCCAGACAAGAGACCGGAGAUGGACGAGGUUGUGCCGAUGUUGGAGAGUAUUGAUACGACUAAAGGAGGAGGAAUGAUCCCUGCUGACCAGCAACAGGGUUGCCUCUGCUUCCGAAGGAAACGUGGUCCUUAAGUGCUAUGCUAUCUAAGAUCAUUCAAAACUCAAGAUUUGUGUCCUGUUUGCUUUCUUCUUUUCUUUUAUUAUUAAUCCAGAAAGAGAAAGGCUUGUUAGGGCUUUUUAUGGUGUAUGAUAUGUUUUCCAUAUUCUUCUUAAACUUUUCUUGUUUUUGUUCUGUUUGGUGAGAUUUUCUUACUAUAUAUUAAUGGUACUCAUAUGUUUUACUUGGUC